AUGAGGACGGAAUUUUCCCUGACACCCGGAGACACCAAUGUUAAAUUAAUUUCAUCACUUGAACCUCCCGAUACAAAAUAUCCAUAUCAAGAAGCUGUUGGUGCUCUCCUUUACCUUUCGAUAAUCAGUCGACCUGAUAUUACUUAUCAAGUAAACAAAUCGUCACAAUUUAAUUGUUGUUACAAUGAACAACAUUGGAAAUCGGUAAAACGAAUAUUUCUUAAAGGUACAAUCGAUAUUGGCAUUACCUACUCAUCUUCACCUGAAAAUUUACAAUUAAUUGGUUAUUGUGAUGCCGAUCAUGCAGGAGAUUUAGUCUCGAGAAAGUCUACCUCUGGAUUUGUGGUCACUUUAGGAGAUUCACCAGUUUCAUGGUCAUCGAAGUUACAGAAAAGUGUCGCUCUGUCAACUACUGAAGCCGAAUACAUGGCAAUUGCUGAUUGUACUAAAGACAUUUUAUGGUAUCAACAACUAUUAAAAGAUUUAAAAGUGUCAAUUACCAACGAAAAUUAUGAGUGA